GCAUCUUGAUGGUUGGGCGUCCUCAUUUAGAAGCGCAGAGCUGCCGACGUCUGCAUCCAAUAAACGUCACCUGCUAUCGUUUUACCGUGUUUUAAAAAAUACAUCGCUAUUUCCACCAAUAUCUUUGUUGGAACUGGACCACCUCCUCCGUGCUGUGAACCUACCGACCAGUCCUCAUUCAUCGGCGCUCGUCUUCCUGCUCGCCCUCCAGCCUCCUGUGCUUGUUCUGUUUGUAGCAUCAGCGGACAUGUUCUACACCUGUGGGCCCAACGAAGCUAUGGUGGUGUCAGGCUUCUGUCGCUCUCCUCCUCUGAUGAUCGCUGGAGGCCGAGUCUUCGUCAUCCCGUGCGUCCAGCAGUUACAGAGGAUCUCCCUCAACACGCUGACGCUGAACGUGAAGAGCGACAAGGUGUACACGCGCCACGGUGUGCCCGUCUCCGUCACCGGGAUCGCGCAGAUGAAGAUCCAGGGUCAGAACAAGCACAUGUUGGCCGCCGCCUGCCAGAUGUUCAUGGGGAAGUCGGAGGCGGAGAUAGCGCAGAUCGCAUUGGAGACGCUGGAGGGCCACCAGAGGGCCAUCAUCGCCCACCUGACGGUGGAGGAGAUCUACAAGGACCGCAAGAAGUUCUCCGAGCAGGUCUUCAAAGUGGCCUCCUCUGACCUGGUCAACAUGGGCAUCAGCGUGGUCAGCUACACGCUCAAGGACGUGCACGACGACCAGGAUUACCUGCAUUCUCUGGGGAAGGCUCGUACGGCCCAGGUCCAGAAAGACGCUCGUAUCGGCGAGGCUCUGAACAAGAGGGACGCUGUGAUCAGGGAGGCCCACGCCAUGCAGGAGAAGGUCUCGGCUCAGUACAAGAAUGAGAUCGACAUGGCCAAGGCCCAGCGUGACUACGAGCUCAAGAAGGCCGCCUACGACAUCGAAGUCAACACCAAGAAGGCGGAGUCAGAGAUGGCCUACCAGCUGCAGGUGGCCAAGACCAAGCAGCGCAUCGAGGAGGAGAGGAUGCAGGUGCAGGUGGUGGAGCGCAGCCAGCAGAUCACGCUGCAGGAGCAGGAGAUCACUCGCAAGGAGAAGGAGCUGGAGGCCAAGGUGAAGAAGCCCGCAGAGGCCGAGAAGUACCGCCUGGAGAAACUGGCCGAGGCCCAGCGUCUCAAGUUGAUCAUGGAGGCGGAAGCUGAGGCCGAGUCCAUCAAGAUCAAAGGUGAGGCGGAGGCCUUUGCCGUGGAGGCCAAAGGUCGUGCCGAGGCGGAGCAGAUGGCGAAGAAAGCGGAGGCCUUCCAGCAGUACCAAGAUGGCGCCAUGGUGGACAUGUUGCUGGAGAAACUACCCCUGAUGGCAGAAGAGAUCAGCAAGCCGCUGUGUGAGGCUAACAAGGUCACCAUGGUAUCCAGCGGAGGUGAGGUGGGCGCCGCCAAACUGUCGGGAGAAGUCCUGGACAUCAUGACGCGCCUCCCCGACGCGCUGGAGAAGCUGACUGGGGUCAACAUCGCCCAGGUGAGCUCCCGUACGGGCUGAGGAGGAUCGGCUGGUCUCCCGUUCCUGGUCGCCACCAUCUUCACGGGUUAUUGAACGCAUCAACAGAUCCCUCCACCUCUUUUUUUUCCUUUUCUUUGCUACACUUGCGCUCUGUGUGUUUGUGUGUUUGUGUGUGUGUGUGUGUGUGUGUGUGUGUGUGUGUGUGUGUGUGGACAACUAUGAGGUGUGUUCUGACUUUAUUGUUACCUCAGCGCUUCUUCAUCAGAAUCUUCCAGAUCGGUUCUUUUAACUGUAAACUGUACCGUUCCGAAUGUGCUUGCAGCUGCACGGACCGCAGAUAACCGAGCUAAUCGUAGCCUCCCUUCUCUGUGUGUUUUUCCACACUAAUUGUCCAACUUCCUCCUAGAGUACGUACCGUGCGCUCCGCUUUGCUCUCAGACACCAAGUGCAACUUAUAAACAACUCCCUCAUGCUACUAACCUGCAGGCUUAAACAAACCACUGUUUAAAAAAACCAACAACAACACGGUGCUGCUGCAUUUUCCCACUUCCUGUACGCCACGAGUGUCCAAAGUGCGGCGCUCUUUUAUUGGGUCCUCUGCAUAUUCCAAAAAACAAAAUGAGAGAUUACACUAUGACAUAGCUGACAAAGUAGCUUAGCAUACAUUGACCUACGCUUUUAGUAUCUUUAAUGCACAAAAUGUAUCAAACUUUGGACACCCCUGCUGUAUGUUGGGUAUACGUUGUUUUUUUUUCUGAGUUUUUUAAAUCAACCCCUACGUAUGAGAUUGAAUUCACUGUUCUUCUUUUGCAAACCUCGAAUCGUUAUUUAUGUAUUUACCCGUGUAAGCGACGACUGUGAUAUUUUUUAAUUUGCUGCAUGUGUGUGUAGCCGGGAGACAACAUUAGCAAUUGAGAGAUGAAUUUUUUUAUGGGGAAGCAUUCAAGGGGAGUCAGCACGAGCUACUGUUUUAUUUAGAAUCCUUUCAACCACAAGUGGAGUCAUUCCGACAAUGAAUACAAGCUGGCAAAGCAUAUAGAACGUAAAUGUACGUUGUCAGCUUACAGGAGGGGAAAAAGUCCAAAUUUUAUAAGGAAUAAAGUCGAAAUAUGAGGAGAGUGAAGUGAUAUGAGAAAAAUAUUGUCAUCUCACGGGGAAAAAAAAUCUGAAUUUUACAAGAAUAAACUCACAAUAUUAUAGUUCUAAUUUUAUAGGGAAAAAAAUAAUAAUUUUCUGAGAUAAAGUUGAAAUAUUAGGAGAAUAAAGUCAUAAUAUUACAAGAAUAAAAUUGUCAACUUACAGGGGAAAAAAGUCAUAAUUGUACGAGAAUAAAGUUGAAAUAUUUGGAGAAUAAAUUCAAAAUAUUAUGACAACAAAAUUGGUAAUUUACAUGGAAAUAAGUAAAAAUUUUAAGACAAUAAAGUUGAAAUAUUAGGAGAAUAAAGUCAUAAUAUUAUGACAACAAAAUUGUUAUUUUACAUGGAAAUAAUUGAAUGAGAAUAAAGUCAAUAGUACAAGGGAAAAAAAUGGUCAUCAUACAGCAAAAUAAAAAAAAAGUUAAUAUUAUUUGGAAAAACAUGAUGUCAUUUUUAGAAGCAUACAUUUGAAAUAUUAAAGAAAAAAAGAUUACUUUAUAAAGCUGUAACAUGAGAAACAAAACAAAGGAUGAAGCUGCAAAUUUCGGGAAAUGACAUUAAGAUUAAGACAAUAAAUUCAUAAUAUUAUGCCCAAAAAAAGUUUUUCAUUUUACGAGAAUAAAAUCGUAACAUUGUGAGGGAAAAACAUAUUAAAAGAAAAUAAGACAAAAAUAACAUUGUGAAAAAAUAAAAUGACACAUUACACCAUAAGACAGAAAGCUGACGUAAACGUACGUUAGCGUGAUGUAGCAUUGCCGCAGGACACGCAUACAGUCAGAGUACUGCAAGCAAACCUGGCUUGAUUUACUUUGUUUUAUUUUUUGAUUGAUUUAUUGUUCACUUGUGACCAAAUUUUAUGUUGCAAAUAAUGUUUUGUUGUUGUUACGCUGCCUCACCAAAGCAGGAUGAUAUUUAUGAAGGUUCAUUUGUCUCUUCAUUACCAAAGCUUUUUUUUUUUUUUUACACAGAAUUUAUGUAACUGAAUUUUUUGCAUUUGAAUUUAGUGAAUGUAAUUUUUUUUUUAUUAUUUUUUUGACAUGAUUUCACACUGAAAAUUUCAAAGAAUACAAAAAUGUUAGCAAAAUGCGUGUUUUGAAAUUCACUAUACUAAAAUAGGGAGUUUAAAAAUUCUGUUAGCUAAAGUCCAGUGUUUUAAAAUUCACUUUAUAAAAAAUUCAGUUUGAAAAUAUACACUUCCGGGAAGUUAAGAUUCAUUCUUUCAAUUGUGUCUCAGAGCCAGCCAAUCAGGGAUAAAGUGCACUAUGGAAGUGCAUGUAUGAGUUCUGAAACAUUCAAAUUAUUUGGACUGAAUUUUUUUUUUUUUUAAAUCACUGAUUCUAUAAACUGAAUUGUAAAACACCAUAUUUUAUUUUUUUAAACAAAUGCAUUUUUCUUAAUAAAUUUUAUUCAAUGACAUGUUUUUGCAUAACUUCAUGUAAAAAAAAAAAAAUCACAAAAUUGAAACGAAAUAAAUUCCAAGUCUAAAAAAAGUAUUUGUAAAUAAAGAAAGAAAUGAAUCUUCAUAGAUAUUUAACUACGGGAAAGACGGUGGUAUUUGAAGAUAGUGGCACUGCAUGCACUAAUAUUUUGAAUAAAGGUGUGCUAUUAAUUGCA